ACUACCUAUCAAGGAAGUGCCUAAAAUGUGAAAAUUGUAUCAUAAACGCAAGGUGGCAAACGAGCACGGAUGUCCCCUAUCUGACGACAAAAUUACAACGUCCAAUCGUAUAUACAUAUUCAUUCUUGUCGUAAUUUUAAUAUGUUACAAUAGUGAAGAAAUGUCUGGCAGAGGACCGUGGACGGUAUACAACAGAGCUUUAUGAACACAUUGAAAAGAUUUCCACAGAUGCUUUUCGACCAUUGGCUACGACUGAACGACGCAGACAUUUCCAAGGCAUACAAACAGAACAAAGGCGACACUAUACGCCGAGGAAGAAUUAUACGUUUAAUGAAUGUGACGCUAGCAAUGACGUAGGAAGGAAACCAAGGCUGGAAAUAAACAGCUAAGGAACGUAACUAUAAUCAGGGGAGGUAACGCCAACCAACAGUUAAAACAGUUAAAACAGUUGCGUUUCGCUUCAUCUAAGGGGCGUAACUCAAAACACCACUUGUCUAUUUGACGAAACUUUAUUCAACAUCUAUGGGACGUAACUCCAGCUAGUUGCCACAGAUCUGUUCAUAUGACUGAACGUUUCAUCAAGAGACAUAACUGUCGAUGUCAUCCUAGUCUCACUCCCAUUAUUGUGAGACUCUACGUCAUAAAAAUGUUUCAAAGAAGAGGCUUACGAUAUAUGCCACUUAUCAUCGUUGCUAUCACUAUGUAUCUUGCGUUCCACGUCCAACAGGACAUUCGGUUUAUGAUGAAUAAACGGGAUUUAAGGAACGAUAACUCUUCACUUCUUUCGGUACGUACAACGACCGAGUUGAUGCCGUUUUUAAACAAUACGGCUCUUGAGGAAAUUUUUAUUCCUAACAUAAGUUUUCCGUUAGAUAUUGACUUGGAAAAUGCAGUCAAAGAUAAAAUAGAAAACGGCAUCAAAAUUCCACAUCGACCUAUAAACGUUAUCAGACGCAGAUACAUUUAUCGUCCCCCGGCCUGCCAGUUCAGUAACACUACAGAAGACAUACCACUAUUAAUUCUGGUGAAAUCAAGUAUUAGAAAUGUUUUUUUACGUGAUGCCAUUAGAGAAACUUGGGGAAAGGAUCUCGGUGAAAGUAUAAAGAUUUUCUUCUUGCUUGGUACUUCCACUUCGAUGAGAGAUACCAUUGUGAUGGAAUCUGACGCCUACAACGACAUCAUCAUGGGAAAUUUCGUGGAUGCCUAUUCCAAUAACACUCUGAAAUCGAUCAUGGGAUUUAAUUGGGCCGUGAAUGAGUGCUCGACGGCUGAUAUGAUUCUUUUCAUAGACGACGAUCAUCUACCGAACAUGCACAAUAUCUUGUCUUAUCUGCAUUCAUUCGACUCUGAACAAUUAGACGACAUGUACUGUGGAUACAGACUCAACAAGGGGCAAGUGUAUCGGGGGAGAAAUAGAUGGGGGAUACUUAGGUUUACGUACCCGUAUCAAUAUUGGCCGCCCUAUCUAAGGGGCGGGGCUUACCUCAUAUCACAAAAGAUUGCAAAGAAAUUUUCAAUAGCGUUUCCUUACGUAAAACUUAUUCACGUUGAUGACAGUUACCUCGGAAUUGUGUCACUAAAACUAAAUAUUCUUCCCCAGCAUGACGUCAGGUUUAUGAUGGACAAACAGGAGAUUGGUACACAAAAACGUUUUUUCGUUUUCAAUGACUAUAAAAAACCAAAAGAGUUUAAAAAAGACUGGAAAAUAGUUACGAAUCAGAUAUAAACAUUAUUAUAAUUAUUUAUCGUGUUUAUAACUCUCAACUCACAAGGACAGGGAACAAUUUUGCAAGUCACAGGUUCAAAAAAUUGUAAUUUAUUUUAUAGAUCGUAAAAAUAGUUGAACCUUCGUGUCGCGAUGAAACAUUCAAUAGUCAUGUGAAUAUCUUUGCCAAACGUGCAUACUGAUGUAAGCGACAUAUCGUAAUGAUGUACAUGUACUCGACUCUUCGUUAUGAUGUAAGCGACAGUUUGUAAUGAUGUACAUGUACUCGACUCUUCGUUAUGAUGUAAGCGACAGUUCGUAAUGAUGUACGUGUACUCGACUCUUCGUUAUGAUGUAAGCGACAGUUCGUAAUGAUGUACGUGUACUCGACUCUUCGUUAUGAUGUAAGCGACAGUU